GCCGCCGGCGCGCGCGUCCCCGCCCCUCGCCGCGCGCUGUCGCCUCGGGGGAGCCGGGAGGGCGGCGCGCGGUCGCGGUUCUCCUCCGCGGGAGGCUGCGGCGCCGCGCGGACGGGCGGCGCGGGGGGAACGCGGCGGAACUCCGGGCGCUGCGGCAGGGGCGACCGGACGCCAUGGCGGCCGCCGCGGCUACGGCGGUCGGCGCCCGCGCCGCGGCGAGGUGAGGGGCCGCCUCCCUUCCCCAGCCGAGGAGGCCACGGCCGGCUGCCCGCCUGCCGUCCACGCGGGCCGCGGCUGCGGCAUGGCCGGCAUCAUUAAGAAGCAGAUCUUGAAGCACCUGUCCCGGUUCACUAAGAAUCUUUCCCCAGACAAGAUCAACUUGAGCACUCUGAAAGGGGAGGGGCAGCUGACCAACCUGGAGCUGGAUGAAGAGGUGCUGCAGAAUGUUCUGGAGCUGCCCACCUGGCUAGCCAUCACCAGGGUCUACUGCAACAGGGCCUCCAUCCGGAUCCAGUGGACCAAGUUGAAGACACAUCCCAUCUGCUUGUGUCUGGAUAAGGUGGAGGUGGAGAUGAAGACUUGUGAGACCCCACGGCCCCCCAAUGGGCAGUCUCCCAUUGCCCUUGCUUCAGGACAGAGUGAGUAUGGCUUUGCCGAGAAGGUGGUGGAGGGGAUGUUCAUCAUUGUCAACUCCAUCACCAUCAAGAUCCACUCCAAGGCCUUCCAUGCCUCGUUUGAACUGUGGCAGCUCCAGGGUUACAGUGUCAACCCCAGCUGGCAGCAGAGUGACCUGCGUCUGACCCGCAUCACUGACCCCCGCCGAGGAGAGGUUUUAACAUUUAAGGAAAUAACUUGGCAGACACUUCGAAUUGAGGCAGAUGCCACAGAUAAUGGUGAUCAGGACCCAGUUACCACCCCGCUAAGGCUCAUUACCAACCAAGGCCGAAUCCAAAUAGCCCUCAAGAGAAGAACCAAAGAUUGCAAUGUGGUUGCCUCCAAGUUGACGCUCCUGCUGGAUGACCUGCUCUGGGUGCUGACUGACUCCCAGCUCAAGGCGAUGAUGAAGUAUGCCGAGUCGCUGAGUGAGGCCAUGGAGAAGUCAGCCCAGCAGAGAAAGAGCAUGGCUCCCGAGCCUGUGCAGAUCACUCCACCUGCUCCCAGUCCCAGUGCCCAGCAGACCUGGGCUCAGGCAUUUGGUGGCAGCCAGGGCAACAGCAACAGCAGCAGUAGUCGCCUGAGCCAGUAUUUUGAGAAAUUUGAUGUGAAAGAGUCUUCCUACCAUCUCCUCAUCUCCCGCCUGGACCUGCAUGUUUGUGAUGACAGCCAGUCCCGAGAGCCAGGCGUCUCUGCAAACAGACUUACGGGCGGCGCCAUGCAGCUGACCUUCCGCCAGAUGGCGUUCGACUACUACCCCUUCCACCGGGCAGGUGACAGCUGUAAGCACUGGGUGCGGCACUGUGAGGCCAUGGAGACCCGAGGCCACUGGGCCCAGGAACUGGUGACGGAGUUUCAGAGUAAGAUGCAGAAGUGGCUUGAGGAGACCAGUGUGAAACCACCGUGGAACCUGGGGGUAGAGGCUCCCUUCCGGAAGAAAGCAGACUCUUUCUCUGGUCCUGGAAAGAGCCCUCUUGACAGAAGCCCUGGCCUGGGCCGGCAGGCUGCCUUGGGGCCUCCAGCAUGGAAUCGCUUGCGCGCUAGCUGCCUGGUUGUGCGAGUAGAUGACCUGGACAUCCACCAGGUCUCCACAGCUGGACAGCCGAGUAAGAAACCAUCCACUCUGCUCUCCUGCAGCCGCAAACGCCACCACCUCCCGCCUCAGGUAGCUGCUGUCCAUGUACAGUUCACUGAGUAUUACUUCCCGGAUAAUCAGGAGCUUCCAGUUCCCUGCCCCAACCUCUACGUCCAGUUAAAUGGCCUGGCAUUUACUGUGGAUCCUGUCAGCUUGCUUUGGGGAAACCUCUUUUGUCUAGAUUUAUACCGCAGCUUGGAGCAGUUCAAAGCCAUCUAUAAGCUGGAAGAUUCAAGGCAGAAAGAUGAGCACUUGGACAUUCGACUGGAUGCAUUCUCGUUGAAGGUGAGCUUCCCGCUGGAGAGGAGAGAGCAGGCGAAGCUGCAUCGACCCCAGGCACUUGUCUUCUCUACGUCAGGCGUGAUUGCCACCAACACUCGGCACGCCCCACACUGCACCUGUCCUGACCUCCAGAGUCUCUUCCAGGGUUUUGCUGCUGCCGAGUUCUUCCGCUCUAGUUAUGGUCACUUUCCCAAGGCUCCGGGGGGCUUCAGCCUUCUGCACAUGCUCUUCCUGCAUCAUGCUUUCCAGAUGGAUUCCCACCCAGCUCAGCCUAGCCUUGUCCCUCCUCAGAGGCCUGUAGCAUCCCAGGAUCUUUGGUCCUUGCACUUCACUCAGGUCUGCUUGGACUUUGAAGGCACAGAAAACUUCAAAGGCCAUACUCUGAACUUUGUGGCCCCCUUUCCCUUGUCCAUUUGGGCCUGCCUUCCUCUCCGCUGGCAGCAAGCCCAGGCACGGCGGCUCCUUUUGGCCUCAGAGGGGAGGCUGAAACCGUCAGCCAGUUUUGGUAGUCCUGUGCGCUCUGAAGCUCUUGCCCCCGAGUCUGUGUCCCAUCAGAGGUCAAAGACUGAACGAGAUUUGAAAAGCCUCUCGGGGUCUGCAGCUGUCCCAGCGUUCCCGGGAGAGGGUGAUGCCGCCUCGGAGCACAGAGGGCACGUGGCAGAGCUGGGGGACGUGGCCGAUGUCCAUGUGCUCGUGCACUCUCCUGCCCACGUCAGAGUCAGGCUGGACCACUACCAGUACUUGGCUCUGCUCCGCCUCAAGGAGGUGCUUCAGGGGCUUCAGGAGCAGCUGACCCAGGACACGGAGGCCAUGACCGGCUCUCCCCUGCAGGACCAGACAGCUUGCAUUGGUGUCCUCUUCCCUAGUGCUGAGGUGGCUCUCCUCAUGCAUCCUGCCCCUGGGACUGCUGGUGCUGACUCUGCAGGCUCAGAUACCACCAGCCUCAUAGACUCAGAGCUCUCUCCGUCAGAGGACCGGGAACUGAAGUCAGAUGCCUCCUCAGACCAGGGCCCAGGAAGCCCUCAGAAGGCCCUGAAGGACAGCAGUGUUGGGAACCUCGGCGCAUCCCAGGAAAGGCUGCAUAGUGAUGGAGAGCUACAGGACUUUGGUUCAUUUGCACAGCAGCCAGCAGGGAAGAACCAUGAGGCAGUCGAGUCUCUGCAGGCCAAGAAGUUGAACAGAGCUCAGACCGCCAGCUCACCAGCUGCCUUGACGUCCCCAGCUGAUAGGGAUGCUGCUCUGAAUGGACAAGGCGAGCCCAUACCUUUGAGGAACAUUGAAGGGGAAUUGUCCAGUGCUAUUCACCUGACCAAGGAUGCCACAAAAGAGGCUCUUCAUGCUACCAUGGACCUCACCAAGGAAGCUGUGUCCCUGACUAGGGAUGCCUUCAGUUUGGGUAGAGAUCGGAUGACCUCCACCAUGCACAAGAUGCUGUCUCUGCCUCCUGCCAAGGAAGCCAUGGUGAAGCCUGAUGAGGGACCCCCCGUGACUGGAGCUGCUGCCCGGCUCCGGUUUUUCUCCAUGAAGAGGACAGUCUCUCAGCAGUCAUUUGAUGGUGUCUCGGUGGACAGCACUGGCCCUGAGGACCGGAUUUCGGUGGACAGUGAUGGCAGUGACAGCUUUGUGAUGCUCUUGGAGGCUGAGUCUGGUCCAGAGUCUGUUCCACCAGGAUCUGGGACAAGUGUCUUGGAUGACAGUGGUGUUCAAGGGAGCCCUGUUACGGAUAGUUGUGGCCAGGGGUUGCCAGAGACCAACAGCUCAGUGUCAGCCAGCGGUGACCUCGUCCUUCACUCGGUGUCAGUUUUGGUCCUGAAAGUGAAUGAAGUAUCAUUUGGGAUUGAGGUUCGUGGUGAGGACCUGACAGUAGCCUUGCAAGCAGAGGAACUGGCCGUGCAGCAGCUGGGCACCGUGGGACUCUGGCAGUUUCUUCAUGGACAGUGCCCAGGCACAAGUUCUCAGGAACCCUCAAAUCUGAAGACUGGCCACACCAGGCCCGCUGUGGGGCUGCGCUUUGAGGUGGGGCCUGGUGCAGCUGUUCAUUCCCCACUGGCCAUACAGAACGGCUUCCUGCGGUUCUUAUUGCGGGGCUGUGACCUGGAGCUGCUCACAUCAGUGCUGAACAGUCUGGGGCCUUUCUUGGAGGACGAGGAAGUCCCAGUGGUAGUCCCCAUGCAGAUUGAGCUCCUGCACUCCAGUAUUACUCUCAAGGAUGAUAUCCCUCCUAUCUACCCAACAUCCCCUGGCCCUGUCCCCAUCACUUUGGUAAUGGAACAUCUUGUGCUGAAGCGGAGUGACGAUGGUGUAUUUCACCUUGGCGCUCCUGCUCAGGACAGACCAUUGGCUGAAGUACCUGAGAAGCAGCAGCUCCCAACAGAACAGGUGCUCCCGGUGCCCACAGGACAGGGUGUGGUAGGCCAGGGGAGAGAAUUGCCCACCAUACAGCAAGAGCUUAUGGACACCAAACAAGCACUGGCCAUUGCCAACCAGGACAAAGAAAAACUUCUCCAGGAGAUUAGGAAAUACAACCCUCUCUUUGAGCUUUGACAGCAGCUCAGCUGUCUGUGCCAAGGAGGUAUCACCAGCAAUAGCGCCACCGAGGACAGAGGUGCCGCAGAGCCUGCGGGGCAGGGAGUGCACAGUUCACUCCCUCACGUGCUUCCUGAUGGCUGCUAGCCUGGGUGGAGGGCUGGGCAGAGCAUGGCUACAUCCAGGAACUGGGAUAGCUCUGUACCUGGCUGCCCAUGCCUUGCCAUUAUGUAGCCUUGUAGCCUUCUGCAGACUAGAGAAAUCUUCUCAACACUGUAGAACAGUUCUCUUCGUUUCAUGGCUGUGGGGUUUGCUUCCUUCAUGGCCUGCGUGAACAAGUGUCUGACUGAGUCAGAACACAGCCACCCAGCGCUUCCUGUGGCACAACUGUAAAGUCCUUGGCCUGAGUUUUGGCAUAGAUCAGGAAAGAGCCCAGCCUCAGGGUUGGGGCAGAGGAGGCCUGUGAUCAGGGAGACACGGACUCACCUCUUGGAAUGGGAGCUAGGCUCCCGGCACCCUGGCUGAUACUCUGGGGUCACACUUUCCUGAUGAGUUCUCCAUUGUGAUGCUGUGACUGUGACUUGGCCGGAUCAUUCUUUCCUGAAUAACAGUUGGUUUGUGAUUUAAACCAAGAAAGAUAGUGCUCAGCUGCAGGCGCGGAGGGUAGAGAGUUUUGUCUGUUUGCACGGCUGUACCUGGCAGGCCGCUUCCCUUCUCUUCUGGAGUUCCUGCUCACCUGCUUUCCCGGCACUGCGACUUUUGCCUGUGCUGACAUCAGCACUUAGUGGUUUGGGAGCUAACUGCUACAUGACGUAGUCUUACGAUUAGCUUAGUCGUAAACACCGCAGUAUGCUGCCGUACUCCCUCGAUGGCUUUUUAAAAUCAUGUGCUUCAACUUAGUAAAAACAAGACCAGAGCCCUUCAGUCUAUCUAGGUUCCCUUCUGGCCCUAAAAAUGUUUCCCCUUUCCUUCGAUUGUCCACACUUGGCUCCGUGGUGUGCUCCAAGUGCUGCCCAGAAAUGUUCCUAACUCACUUGACUUGGCAAGAUGGUCCAUCAUUGUGAACUGGUUCCGCCACUGAUUGCACAUGGCGAGGGGCAAAGCACUAUGCCAUGUGUUUUAAGGGUAAAAAGAAAAAAAGGAACACAUUUGUGAAAGAAAUGAGGUUGCAUUGUUCAGACUUGCAGGACCCAGUCAUGUUCUUCACGAAGGCAAAUUUCAGGACACCACCAGUUCUUGUAAGAUUGUGGUUUGUUGCACUGAGGAGAUCUGUUACAGACGAGAAUAACAUCUCCUGGAGACAGUGUUGACAGGUGAAGUUCCCUUAUUUCAGAUUUUUAUAAAUGAUCUACAACUGGAAAUGAGGUCAGAUGGUACAGCCUCUAGACCAGAAGAGAGACACAGCCACGAAGCUGCAAUGAGCAGGGCUGUGACUCUACAGUGUGACAGUGAGGUUCAUCACGGGGAGGGGCUGGGCUCACCCCCAGCAUCACAAACACCGCGACAAAAAUAAAGAUUAUGCACAUUUGAACUAAUAAUACUAACACAUACUCAGGAAAGAACGACGAGCCUUGCAGAGGGAGGAGGAAGUGGAGUGCUGUGGCCUAGAGCCUGACGGCGCUCUCAGCAUCAUUAGGACGUCACUUUGGACAAUAGCAGUGUCUCGUGCAGGACCAUGGGACUGACUUCACGCAGCCACUGGGCACUUCUGUUGUCUUUAUUUACCUAGGAGAUGGAGAAGGCAACGAGGGUUCAGAGAGUAGGGAGAGUGAUCAAGGGUGUGCAUUGAAAAUGACUGUUCUGCAAUGAGGAAAGCUGAGGGGAGCAGCUGACUACACAUUCAGUCAGGAGUGGCACCCGGUCUUGAAACAUUAGCGCCACAGCUCCGUCACUGCCUCAGGGAAAAAGGAAGCACUUUUAGCAAAGUCAGAAACUUGAGCUUGUUGGAGGAGUGACACCUGUGUUUCUAACGAAUCUUGGAGAAGGGAGGGCCAGUAACGAGAAAAUAGAAUUAUUCAGCUUCAGGAUCACUUGAGUUGGUUUAAAAUCACAUCCCUUUUGCUCACCACAUCCCUUUGGUACCCAUGCCCUGCCUGCCCCGUCCCCCUUGCCUCAUGAAAAGAUGCCUAAAAAAUUCUUGGUGUGCUUUCAUUUUGUGUCAAGGUUAAUGCCUUACUGGCCAGAAUGUCAGGUUUCAGCUGAGGUUGUCUGGGAUUCUUGUCCAUGUGCAAAUGGAGUUGUCUCCAUUUUGGCUUCUUUUAUGUCGUGGUGGCUUUGGCCUUUUGUGUCUUGAAGUCAUCCCUCAGGAAAUACGGUAAGAUUAUUACUCCAUGGGACUUUGGUAAUGACAUCUUUUGUAAUUCCAUUCCCCUACUCAUUGGGGAUGAAUAGGAGACUUUGCCAUAAUGAAACUGGCUGUGAGAAUCUUCAGGGUUAGGCUAAGAGAAAAUAGAAUGAAGAGCAGGGCAGCACUUUUGGAGUUUUGCUGUGAAGUUGCAACAUGAAAUAAUACCUCAAGGGACUUGUGGAGGGCGCACAACCCUGCCCCUCAGAGGCCUCAGGCGCUGCACUUGGCCCUCUCUGCUGUGAAGCACUUACUGUAGCUUCAUCUGAUUGUCCAGUUCCUGUUUACAUGCAUGUGCUGGGGAUUUGCGCUGGUGUGUGUAGACUAGAGUGAGCCCUAACUGCAGAGAUGGCUGUCAAUCUCCAACUGGCUUUCAGUUUUCUGGAGGAUUAACUGAGUCUGAUGGAAAGCCAACAUGGGUGCGCUUGCCUCCAAGAGCUGUUUAAACUGUUUUACUUCCUCUGACCUUAUUGUGCCAUGGGACAAUCUUUACAAUUCUGUGCUCUGAGAGAAUGUACCUGUGACAUAGAAAGGGUUGGUACCACAUCCCACAGACCCUGUAAUUCAAAUGUCUGCUGAUACUUCAUGUUAGUUUCUCCUUCGGGGAUCAAGAGAUUGAGCAUGCAAAGAUUGUGAGUUCUGGGCGGAAACUUUCUAUUUCAGACCCCUUUCUUUGAUCUUCAAGCCUAAAUUUCUGACAUCAGUGAUGGCAGGCCACAAAACUGAAAACUGUUUAUUACCCCAAGCUAGCAGAAUAACAUCUGGUGAAGAUUGACAGCUGUGGCUUAGUCACUCCCGGAGAUGCAGAGGCAAUGCAUAAUCCUAGGUGACUAGGGCAUUGCUCAGGACCACCACAUCUACCAGGGCAUUCUGUUUUUCCAGGGUGGGUAUGAGAGUGGCUGUUAGUGGAGGCAUUUUGUCCCCAUGGCACAGGGAAAUACGCUGUAGCUAACUUUUAACAGUGAGGCCUUGCUAAGUGGCUAGACUUGGGAUUUGAGCUUCCUGUCUGCUGUUAUGUCCCUGCCUCAUCUUGUAUCCUAUAUCAAAAUAGGUGUAGCUCCUGUGUUGAGAAUUUCCUAUUAGCAGGGAAAAAGAUGUUUUUGUCAGUUUACUAGGUUUUGAUCAAAAUUUGCUUGAGUCUUACGACGUUCUUUGUGGAACGCUCCGCUGAAGUGUCUUCUGCCUUGGCAAAGCCAGUGAGCUUUAACACAAGCUACCAAAAGUCACAGCCGUCCAGUUCCGUGCGUCUGAGCUGUUUCCCUAACUCAGGGUGCUAAAAACAAGAGCCUUGCUCAGGAAAGCUUCAGCAGAGAACAGUUCCCAGCCUUCUUCCUGUGAUGCUCAGCAGUGCACAGGAAACAGGCCAGUGGAUUGCCAACUCUGUCAGGCAGCCUUACCACUGCUAAUCACUGUCAAAAUCACCCCAUUCUCCGAGAGAAACGCAGUGAGAAUGUAUAACGAACUGGAAUCCUGGUCAGUAUUGGGAAAAUUUAAGUUACAAUAUCUAAUCAAACCCUGAGUGUACUGGUUCUGUGAACCACCUGAAAAGCAAAUUAAACAACAUUAUUGAA